UAUUGGUGCGUUUCUGGUAUAGCCACCGCGAGGCUAGUCCCGUCGUGAUUCAUUCAUGUGGGAGUAAAGAGAGAGCUAUAAGCUGCCCUGGCCAUGGGUCGUUUGCGUAUGGAUUCGAGCUUGCAGGAGAGCACCUAGGAUAUGCGCAAGCGCCGACCGGCUGCUGAUGCUCGCACAAGUACUGUGUAUAUAUAGGUAGUCGUCCUGCGCUGCUGCUGAUCGAACGAAAGCGCGAGCUUUUCUUUUCUCCCGCGUGCGCAAGCUCUGUCUGUGUUUCUCUCCCUCUGGAAAUCUCGAUUGACGUUUAUAGUUGCUGCUGCUUAGGGGUAGGGAUAGAGAAGAAAAAGAAAGAGAGAGAGAGAGAGAGAGAGAGAGAGAAAGAAGUGGGGACAUGACGAAUCCGUUGGACGAUCAUCGGAGUAACGAGGAGGAGGCCUCGCCGUCGAUGUCCAGGAGCGCCGAGGACAAUCUAUCCAACAGCGACGGUCCGCUGCUGCUCAAUACUGCCGCUGGCAAGAAGAGAGACGACGUCGCUGCUGCUCUCAGAAGCCAGAUGCAGUCAUCAGCGAUGCUGCUGCAUCAGGACAACUGGCACAAGAGCUGUGCAGGAGACGACGAGUACUCUGUGAGCGAGAAGAUGAGCCAUCGAUGCAUGUGGAUGCUGACCAUUGUCCUGACCUUCAUCGGUUUCUGCAAUCUCCUGCUGAACAUGACAAUACUGAUAGUGCUGAGAGUCAGUCAUGGCAUGGAAGCUUUGGAAGUCAUACCGGAGAAGAACCUGCUCAAGUUCUCAGGCAACACCGAUUUGGACAGGGUGUGCCUCCAAAGAGGCAUCUGCGAGAGCUUUGGAGACGAGCCAAUCGAGCUUAUGGGCAAUGCUGGAGGGGUGAACAUCCAAGUGGCCAAUAGACAUCACAGCCUGACCUGGUCCAGUUUGCAAAUUCUCAAGAAUGGCACGUCCAUCUCACAGGUCGACUCGUUUCAAGUGAAGGAUCCCCGCAGCGCAUCUCCUAUAUUCUCGACUGAUUUUCCAAACUUCAAUCUUCCCAAGGGUGUGCAGAAGGUCGAGCUUGGACUGACUCAGACGCAUAGAAUCGCUGCGCCGAAGAUGAGCGAUCUGGUGAUCGAGUCGGAUGACAAGAUAACGCUGCAUGGAGCUGAGGGUACGACUUUGGACUCAAAGGAGAUCCUCUGGACUGCCAAGAACAACAUAUUUUUGAGUAGCAAGAACGGAGAGAUCGUUAUCGAUGUCAAGGACGGCGUGAACCUGCCGAAGAUUCCAAUCGCGUCGAACAAAUUGUCCAAUCAAUCCGAGCUGCAACAGCAGUACAAGAUCUGCGUCUGCAUGCCGGAUGGAAAACUAUUUCUGGUGCCAGCGAGCAAAGGAAACCUCGGAGUCAACUGUGCGAAAGCCUCGCGGAUAAUGGAAAGCGAUCCGUGCGCCAUGUAAUUAUACACAUCUUGUUGAAAAUCUUACUUGUUUUUCUUGACGCUCUGAAAACGCUCAUUGCUUUGCAUCUGCAUACAUUGCCAUUUAAUGUAUAUACAUAUCAUUUGAAAUAAAUUUUUUUAAACUGAA